CUCGCAGCAUGCAAUAAAUACAGUGACUGUGCGGGCAGACGAUUUGCAGAGACUCCAAUUGGAUGCAAUGUGAUUGAAAGUGACUGGGUUUCAAGUUGCAGAAGGAAUUUCAGUGGAGGGCAAGCUAAUCUUUUUACAGGGAAGGCGAAAGAUGCGACUUUUGCUCCGUUCUUGCAUUCUGCAAACCAGACCAGCUAAGGUCUUCCUGAAGCAUCGGUGUGGGAUUCCGGACAGUCGCUGCUGCCCUUCGCUGCCGGGCUUGGUCAAGGGCUUGGUGCGGCCAGCUUCCAGCGGUGGAGAUGGAGAUGAAGGCGAGAGAGAAGCUGGCAAUCCGGAACCCGGGAAGAUUUGGUCCCUGCCUCGGUCACUAUGGUCCCGGCGGCCGGGGCAAGGUGGUCCACCUCUCCGGAGACCUCCCUUGUCCCCGCUGGAAAGAGUUAGCAACAUGAUCCCCCGGCAGAUGUUGAACAGGGAGGUGUUGCAGCUGAGCGAGCGACAACCGAUGGGUCAGCAUCAGGUUGGAGAUGAUUGCGGACACACAUUGCAACCAGCCCCGGGAUUACGGCUCCCAUCCACGGCCGGGCAAGUGUCCUUUCAAGCCGGGGACUUGGUGCUGGCGGAGUUUCGCAGGAGGCACCGUUUGGAGUUGCAGAAGAUGGUGUUGCUGGUGCCGGGUGAGGAGUUGCACUCCAAUUGGGGCAUGCUCGCCCACCAGCAGAUACUGGGACAUCUCCCGGGCCAGAUCUUCAGGACCUCCACUGGUUCUCAGUUGGUCCUCAGAAGACCAACGCUGGAGGAAUUCGUGCUGCUCAUGAAGCGGGGCCCAGCCAUUUCUUAUCCAAAAGAUGCCACCACCAUGUUGAUGAUGAUGGAUAUAGGUGAUGGGGACUCUGUUUUAGAGUCUGGUUCUGGUUCGGGAGCAAUGACUCUCUUCCUGUCCCGUGCAGUGGGGCCUUCGGGACAUGUAUAUAGUUUUGAAGUGAGAAAGGAUCACCACGAGAGAGCUAAAAGUAAUUAUCAAUGCUGGCGGAAUGCCUAUGAAGUGGCCCGUGAGAAAGAGUGGCCGAAUAAUGUGGACUUCAUUAACAAAGAUAUCGUGUUGGCCACUGAUGAUAUCCAGGGAACGAUGUUUGAUGCUAUUAGUUUGGAUAUGCGGAGCCCACAACUGGCUUUACCUGCCAUCCACGUUCACCUCAAACAAGGCGGAGUGUGUGCCGUGUAUCUCGCAAACAUUACCCAGGUCAUUGACCUGCUGGAAGGGAUCCGCAGCGCUGGGUUGCCCCUCGCGUGUGAGAAGAUCCUUGAGGUCGUUCACAGGGACUGGUUUGUGGCUCCUGCUGUGCGGAAGGAUGGCAGCACGGCCCCACGGGUAGAACCACAAAGGAACGUGGAUGAUCUUGCGCAUGAGGAAGAAAACGACACAGCCCAGGAUCAUGGUAAAGUGAAGAGGAUGAUACUAAAUCUUUUUGCACAGUGCCUUAUGUGGCCAGACCUCAUCAUGAGCAAGUUUCUCACACAGCUUUCCUUACCAAGUUGAGAAAACUUAAGCCUGCUCUUCAGUGAACCCAAGGAAUUCAUGUGCUGGAUGUAUAUUGUACACAAAACUAUAAAUAAAAUUUUAUUUUUUUGUACUUUC